AUGAAGACUCUAGAUGUUUGGAUUAUAACUGUUUUAUUUAUACCGCUUGCAUCUUGUACGCCCCGUCAUUUACAGAGUGAUUUUAAAAACUACCGCCUUUCAAAUGAUGUUCUUCCCAAGAGUUACAAUAUUACCAUAAGACCGUAUUUUCUACCCGAAGAUGGAUAUAAGCGUUUUACAUUUAAUGGGGAAACUUGCAUUACUAUCAAUACUUACAAUUCAAGUAUCACGGAAUUCGCUGUCCAUGCGAAUGAUUUAAAUUUGACUUUAAUUGAUUUGUAUUCAUCAGUGGGGGGAAAUAAAGUGAAAUUUUCAAAUAAAUAUGAUGACUUAACUAAUAAACUAAUUUUUAAACUCGAUGAAGAGCUAAUCCCGUGUGUGGAUUAUAUUUUAAGUUUUAAAUACACGGGUCGAAUUAACGAUGGUUUCGAAGGACUUUUUCGAAGUAGUUACACUGAUGGUGAUUCAAGUAGUGAAAGAUUAAUCUUAGCGACACAGCUGCAGCGUAUCAAUGCUAGAAAACUAUUUCCAUGUUUUGAUGAACCAGAAUUUAAGGCGUAUUUCACCAUUCACAUAAGCCGUCCAAGGAAUUACCGAUCAUUCAGCAACACAGAACUGCUCUCAACCACAAUUGACAAUCAUGAAGAAAACUGUUACAUUGAUCAUUUUAAAACAACUCCAAAGAUGUCAACAUAUCUUGUUGCAAUGUUAAUUUCGGAAUAUAUUCCACGUACAGGAACAGACAACGUGAUUUCUAUUAUUUCAAGACCUGAAUAUCACAAUAAAACACUAUUCAGCUAUAAAGUUGCAACGAAAGUUUUGAAUGGAUAUAAUCAACUUUUUGAAGUACCUUAUGUUAAAUUAGGUAACUCGAUUUUACAAAAAGUUUCUUUGCCUAAAUUUAUUCAUAAUGGAAUGGAAAAUUGGGGACUCACUAUCUACAAAGAUGAAGUUUUAGUUUUUGAAGAUGGAAACACUGAUCUUUCUGGAAUGCAGUACAGUACCACUAUAAUAUCUCAUGAAACUUCUCAUAAUUGGUUCGGAAAUUCCAUAACCUUCCAAUGGUGGGGUUAUUUUUGGCUUAAUGAAGCUUUUGCUAGAUACUAUCAAUAUUUUCUAACUCAUAAGCUCUUUCCACAAUAUGAACUCGAUAAACAAUUCACAGUUGAUCAAAUGCAUUCAAUAUUCGACACUGAUGCCACUAAUUCUACUCAACCGUUAAGUGAAGUUAAUGUUUAUUCACCUGAGGAAAUAGCAAAAAAGUUCAGCAGUAUAACUUACGUUAAAGGAGCUUCCGUCUUACGAAUGAUAGAGCAUGCUAUGUCAGAGCCACAGUUUCAAAUGGCUAUAAAGGACUACAUAAGAUCAAAUCUAAACAGUUCGGUAAAUCCAUCGCAUCUAUUGAAACAUUUAAAAAACUGCUGGCCAUCAUUUCCAAGAGUUGAUGUUGAUUCUUUUUUUCACGAUUGGACGGAGACGGUUGGUUUUCCUGUCAUAAAUGUCACACUCUCUCCCGAUCAUUUGAAAGCUACAAUUCAACAAACAAGAUACGUACAUGAUCCAAAUGACGGAAGUGAUCAACACCUUCGGUAUACAAUCCCACUGACUUUCACUACAAAUGUCCAGAAGGAUUUUAACAAUACCUACCCUACAUUUUAUUUCAACAAGGACCAACAACAAAUCGUUAUUGAUUUUAAAGAACCAAUUAAUUGGAUUAUGUUUAACAUUCAACAAACAGGAUAUUAUAGAGUAAUGUAUGACUUCGAUCUUAACAAGAGCUUGAAAGAAGCUCUACUUGAAAAUAACUGGUCCGGUAUUCAUGAAUUAAAUCGGGCACAAUUUAUUGAUGAUUUAUUUGCACUUGGAAGAAUUGGGCUUUAUGAAUAUGAUAAAGUAUUCGCAUGGCUUGAAUAUUUGCACACCGAAACACACUAUACACCUUGGAAGGCAGCUCUUAAGGGUUUUACAUUUAUUGGUCAGUUUUUGACUCCUUUAGAACAUAAUAAUUUUGGAAAAUAUAUUUUAUCAGUCACAGAAAAGGUGUUUAGAAAACUAGGCAUGAGUUCUUUGAAACACGAAUCUGUUCUGGAUGUUUAUAACCGAAAUCAAGUUCUGAAUUUAAAUUGCAAAUAUGGACGAGAGGAAUGUACUAAAGAAAUUGGAAAAAUGCUGAAAGAAUAUCUAAAUGAUGGAAAUACUAUCCAAGUUGAUAUAAGAUCCACGGUUUAUUGUAAUGGAAUGAGAAAUGCAUCGGAAAAUGAUUAUGACAAAUUGUUUGAAAAAUUCAAAUAUGAAAAAGUAGCAAGGGAAAAGCUAAGAAUUCGGAAUGGUCUUGCGUGUAGUCGAAAUUUGAAAAAUAUCGAGAAGUACUUUGAGAUGAUUCUUAGUGAUGAAAUACCCGUUGAAGAUAAGGUUGAUGCCAUUACUCCUUUAUUUAAAGAUAACCAAGAAAACGUGUGGCCUGUAUAUGAAAUAAUCACCACGAGGGUGGUUGAUUUGGCAAAAUCGUUGGGAAGCUGGUCGACUACUGCAGAGGUUGUGGGCAAAGUUGCUAUCUUAAUUACAAGCAUAGAACAAAGAAAUACAUUUGAGAAAUUUAUACAAACAAAUAAUGAAAUAUUUGGUGUUUCAAAAUCGAUUUUAUUUGAUGCUUUGGCUAAACUUGAUUAUAAUUUAAAUUGGUCGAGAAAUCAUUUAAAAGUUUUAAUUCAGUUCCUAGAUAGAAAAUUCAAUUGAAAUUCAUGUGAAAUAUACUUCCAUUAUAAUACUUUAAAAUAAAAAAAUAUUUUAUUUAAUAAAUCUAAACAAAUA